AUGAAGUUGAUCGUGCUCGUAGUAACUGUAGGCUUUAUGGCGAGUCUAGGGCUCGCCAACACCGACGCCAUUGCGCCAAAGUACGGCGUAAGGCCAACGCCACCACCCACUAAACCACCACGCGAUGGCAGUGAUAUUGAUAAGUGUGGCUGCCACGAGAUCGUUGCCAAGCUGAAGAAGGUCGAAUCGAACUUGCUGAAGCUUAUCCUGAACCUGCGCAACAAAUAUGGUUCUGUGAAUAGCAAGCUGAUCGACAUGAAAAAACACGUGAAGAGUGUGUCUUGGUACAUUGACCAAACAUCAGUAACCAGCGAGAAUAUCGAAGCACAGCUGUUUGACUCUUCGAUCGCCAUGGCAAACAUCAUGCAAUCGAUCAGAGGCCUUACCAUCGACCAGCAGAGAUUGCUGACAAAGACCUUCCUCACUGAAUCUAUCCUUUCUCUGGAGAAGCGCCAUGAUGGGAGCAAACCUCAACAGCCAGAAGAUGACAUCGUCUACACGUCUUGUGACGAUGAGCGGAUCAUCCAGACUGGCACGUACUUGGUGCAGGAUGCAUUCGCCGAGCCCACCAAAGUGGUGUGCGUACUCGACUUCGGACCGGGUGCAUACACUGUGAUCCAAAACCGUCAAGACGGCUCGACCGGUUUCUACCGAGGCUACAGCGACUACAGAUCUGGCUUCGGAAAUUUCGACGGUGGCGAUUACUGGCUGGGUCUGGACCGCAUCCACAAUAUUACCACUUCCGGUGACUACGAGUUGUUCAUCCAGCUGGAGGACUUCGAGAGGAACGUAACCACUGCUCGUUACGAUAGCUUCGAAAUUGGUUCUGGAAACGACUUCUAUCCAAUCACCAAGUUGAAUGGAUACAGUGGCUCUGCUGGUGACUCGUACGGAUCUGUGGUCGGCGUACUGUUCAGUGCGUACGAUCUGGAUCUGGACAACAGUGAGAGCAACUGUGCCGUCUCGAACCGUGGUGCUUGGUGGUACACUGACUGUGGCCAGAGCAACUUGAACGGUCUCUACCUGAAGGGUUUGUCUGGCGGCACCACCGGCAUGUUCUGGGAGACUUUCCGUGGACCUAACUACAGUUUGAAGACAAGUCGUAUGAUGGUCAAGCGUAAGCAAAUCCCAACGACUACCGACAGUACAACUACCACAGGUGCUGCAACAACCCCUAUGACAACUACGAGCGCUGAAACCACAACUGCAGUUGUAGAGACCACUACAAUACCAGUUACUGAAAUGACACCCAUCAAUGGAAUGACGGCCCCACCCACAGAUACUCCCACACCGUUGUAA